AUGUCCGGAAUCUUGGUCAAUGUGUGCAAGAAACAACUGCCCAGUCCACAAGCAGGGUUCUUCCAAAUGUUAGAUGAUGCCGAGAAUGAUUUUCUGGUGGCGCUGCCUACCCUGGACGAACAGGCUGAGCCGGGUAACUCAGUCAAGGACUUUUCAAAGGUCCGCGCUUGGGUCAGCAGACUUCUGCAGCACACCGAGGGGAACGAUGCCGAGAAAAUCAGCUCAGAGGACGUGAUGGAGAAGUUCCUGGGCUCGAGCUAUACGGCGACAGAUAUCGGCAUUGAUCCAGCAGUCCAGACCCCUCCAAAAGUGGCGGCACAUGUCUCAGUUGGUACCUUUGACGAGUAA